GUGCGGUGGUGUAGAGUGGUGGUGUGCGGUGGUGUAGAGUGGUGGUGUGCAGUAGUACAGCGCAAUAACCAUUGCUUUGGCCAAGAGAUUUUCUGACAAAUCUCCUCCCAACAGCAGUGAGAGCAACAACAGCGAAACCUUUGGCCCUUUGGCCCUGAGAUAGAGACAGAGAGAGAGAGAGAGUUAGUGCUGAUUAUUGCGCUCGUAGUUUUGUAGUUAAAUCCACUCCUGGUCUGAAGAUGGGGGAACCUUCUGAGUUGAUGGAGAGUGAUGUGUUUCAGGCUUACGCCACUUAUGCCACCGUCGUGUUACUCAAAAUGUUGCUUAUGGGGCCCUUAACUGGGUAUUUCAGGGUUACUCGUAAGGCGUUUUCCAACCCUGAAGAUGCUAGAGCGCACGUGGGCAAGGGUGAGGAAAACAAGAAAUACUUGAAGACUGAUCCAGAUGUUGAACGUGUAAGAAGAUGUCACCAAAAUGAUCUGGAAAACAUAGUUCCAUUCAUUGGCAUCGGGCUGCUGUACGCAAUGACUGGCCCCGACCUCAGCUCGGCUUUGUUGCACUUCCGCACUUUUGCUGUUUCCAGAAUAUUCCACAGUAUUGCUUAUCUGUUGCCUCUCCCCCAGCCGGGCAGAGGUGGCAGCUGGUUGAUUGGCAUGGGAGUGACCAUCUCAAUGGCCUAUAGAGUGCUGAAAACAGGAAUGUACCUUUGAGCGAAAUGCAACAGCCGUUUCAACGCACACACUAUUCUGUCUCUUAUUCCACUGCAUGCCCUGUGUAACCUUCUUCAGUAUAAUCUUUGUAACUUUGUAAAGGUGAUUAAAAUACUUUGGUUGAUGUUCAGUGGUUGGUGGGAAUCUGAAAGCUUGGGUGAUAAUCAGAUUUAUUUGUGCGUGAAUCAGUGCCCAUCUUGUGUUGCAAUUCAGUUGAAAAUAAAUGCUGGUGUUCAUUCUUUUUAAGAUGCAGUGCUUUGCGGUACAUAUUGGGGUGGCAAAAGCAUUCCAAGAGGUUGUGCAGGUUCCAUGAUUUUAUUGGCUAGCUUGAGGUUUAAGCCUGCUCCUACAGGCUGUACGGAUAUUUCCCAGAGAGGGAAUCCCAAGGCCAACAAAUUGGAAGUGACAGAAGCCAUGUGGCCUCCAUUGCUUUGGAUUGAUUAUUCCUUGCAAAAUAAACCAUGUAGCUUAGACUACCUCCUCUUUCCGCCUCACCCCCUCCCUUGCCUCCUUCAAGGCCUGUAUCAUCACCCUUCUCUUCGACUGUCAGCCUCCUACCCCUAUCCUCCCUGCCCACCACUGCUCCUGAUCCCAACCCCCAGUUCGGGUCCAAAUCCUACACUAUUACUAUCCAGUAAACCACCACCAACCUUUACUCCCUGGGCAAUGUGCAUGUGUGAGCAGGAUAUCAUUGGAGGGGGUUGAUUGUUUAGACGCUUGAACCUAUGUUCAAAUAGCCAGCAGUAAUCGCAGUGAAGAAUGUGCACCUGAGCCAGAUAACCAGUUGAUAAUUGGUCUCCAUGGAAUUUUAUCUCCACCUGAAUACUUCUAUAGGGAAUGGGUGGGUGAGGGAGGGUCAAAGGAGAAGGGAAACUGUACUUGAAAUGCAAUGCACCUACUGUUGAAUGGUGAUCGGAUUGAGAUUUACAUUUGAUUCCUUUUGAUUGAUAAUUGAAUGUUUUAUAAAACACUUCAUAAAUUUUCUUGCAUCAAUGUACUGAGCUACUAACUUUUUUGAAUGCCUCCUUUUUACUACUCUAAUACAGUACAUCAAUAAACAUUUUAACAAAA